AUGGCGCCGUUGAUCUGUGGUCUGAGGAUAGUAAUUAUCUUAUUCCUGUACUGUUACCGAUCCACGGCCAGUGGAACAGCCUUGACAUUUGAACUGCCCGAGACUGAAAAAGUGUGUUUCACAGAAAAGUUCAGGGACACGACAACGAAAUUGUUUGUGUAUAAAGUAUUACGGGGCGGAAACAACGACAUCAAUGUAUGGAUCUUGUCGCCGAAUGGAAAGAUUGUGUACAAGGCGGAUCGCACUACAGAGAACAAAAUCUUGUUUGAUAGUUCCUACGGUGAAUACCAAUUCUGCUUUGACAACGAGUUCUCAGCGUUUUCUCACAAAGUUGUUUACUUCGACUUGCGCAAAGAACAGAUAGACAAUUUAGCUGUAGAGGCGGGCAACACCAUUCCCACGGUGAACACCGCCGCCGAGUCCUCCUGCGACAAUAUACACGAGGUGAUGUCAAUGGUGGUGGACUAUCAGCGGGACUACCGACUAAAAGAGGUGAUGGGGCGCUACAUAGGGGAGGUAAUUAAUGCAGGAGUCAUGUGGUGGUCUGUCGGUCAAACUGUCAUUGUCAUGGUCAUUGGCUUCGGACAGGUAUUUAUACUGAAGACAUUCUUUACAGAGAGGAGUUCGAAAACGUCAAUAUAAAAUGACAUUGGCACAAGU